AUGUCAACUUCUCUUUGCAAAGACGGAACGACUGCAAAUAUGGACCUUGACAUCGACAAGGAGAGAACACCUCCUUUCCCAGUGGCGGUUGUGGGAAUGGCGAUGCGCCUACCUGGAGGAGUCGGCUCUGAAACGGAAUUCUGGGAUUUAUUGAUCAACAAACGCGAUGGGCUGGGCGAGGUACCGGAGACGCGGUACAACAUUGACGCCUUUUACCACGAGACGAACCGUGGCGCAAUUCACGCCAGGCACGGUCAUUUCCUUCAGCAGGAUAUCGCGCAUUUCGACCACGCUUUCUUUGAGACGGCUAAAGCCGAGGCUGAGAAAAUGGAUCCCCAGCAACGGAUACUGCUCGAGGUCGUCUGGGAGUGCUUUGAAAACGCGGGACAGACAGGGCAUGCUGGAAUUGGACGACCUCGUACCACCGUCGAUGGCAGUCCGCGUCCGAUUGGAUGCUAUGUCGGUGUAUUUGGGGAGGACUGGCUAGACCUCCAGUCCAGGGACCUUGAGCACGCAGACAGAUAUCGGGUGAUUGGGUCAGCAGACUUUGCCCUUGCAAACCGGGUCUCAUAUGUAUACAAUCUCGGAGGCCCGAGCAUAACCUUGCGCACCGGAUGCUCGUCGUCACUAGUCGGAUUGCAUGAGGCCUGUCAAGCGUUGCAUAGUGGUGAAUGUUCUUCGGCGCUGGUGACUGGAACGAAUCUUAUUUUCACUCCGUCUAUGACAUCGUGUAUGUCCAAUAACAUGGUCUUGUCGAAGAGUGGUCUCUGCAGAACUUUCGACGCUCAGGCAGAUGGUUAUGGACGCGGGGAGGCGGUCAAUGCCAUCUUCAUCAAGCCGCUCCAUGAUGCCUUGAGGGACGGGGACCCAGUUCGGGCAGUUAUCCGUUCCACCGCGAUCAACUGCGACGGAAGGACCCCCAACAUUACGACGCCGGGUGUCGAUGCACAAGAGAGGCUAAUACGAGCAGCGUACAAAAAGGCAGGCAUUUGCGACAUCUCAGACACGGCGUAUUUCGAAUGCCAUGGCACGGGCACAACCGCUGGGGACGUGACAGAGACUUGCGCUGUGGCAAGAGUGUUUGAGAAGUCCGGCGUUUACAUCGGCGCAGUAAAACCAAACGUGGGCCACUCCGAGGGCGCCUCCGGCAUCACCAGCAUCAUUAAGAGUACCCUGGCCCUGGAAGCGAAGAUGAUACCACCUAAUGUUCAUUUCACGGAACCGAACCCAAAGAUCCCGUUUGAGGAGGCAAACUUGUUGGUCCCAGCCGAAGGUAUGCCUUGGCCGGAAGGAAAGACCGAAAGGAUCAGUAUAAACUCAUUUGGUAUUGGCGGUAGCAAUGCCCACGUUAUCUUGGAUUCGGCGUCCCUCGCAUGUCCAACCAAGGCUCACCCUACGAAACCAGACAAGAAAGUGAUGCCGCAACUCUUGCUGCUCUCUGCGAAUAGCAAGAAGUCGCUUGACAGCCACAUCGAAAAAAUGAGGAGCUAUAUUCAACAAACCGAAGAUGACCUGGUUGAUCUCGCAUACACCCUUGGUUUGCGACGCGAGCACAUGAAGUAUCGAGCGUUUGCCAUCGUCCAUUCCAAAGAUGACAUCUCCGAGUUUCGGCGAGCACAAUGCACCAGCCCACGUAUCGCAUUCGUAUUCAAUGGCCAGGGAGCGCAGUGGUCCGGCAUGGGAAGAGAUCUUAUUGAAGGAUGUACUCGCUUCCGCGAGGAUAUCCAGAAGAUGGACGAGAUUUUGCAAGGAUUGGAAAAUGGUCCUCGAUGGUCAAUCGAAGAAGAGCUCCUAAAAAGCGACACUACCAGUCGCGUGGCAGAAGCCGAGAUAUCGCAGCCGCUAUGCACGGCAGUACAGAUGGCAUUGGUUAACCUACUUCAUCACUGGGGCAUCAAACCAACAUUGGUGGUAGGGCAUUCGAGCGGCGAGAUCGCGGCCGCUUAUGCCUCGGGUGCAAUUGAUGUCACUGUCGCUAUUGCCGUUGCUUACUUUCGGGGUCAGGCUGCCCAGUGUGUUAGUGUGCCAGGAGCCAUGCUAGCUGUCGGUCUCAGUUCGGAACAAGUUGGCCCUUAUCUAGAGCCCGGUAUCAUCGUCGCCUGCGAAAAUAGUCCGCAGAGCGUUACCCUCUCAGGAGAUGAGGAAGUCAUCCUUCGUGUAAUGGACAGGAUCAAAGCAGAGGACGAGUCUGUGCUAUGUCGGCAGCUAGCCGUCGCCGUGGCUUAUCACUCGCACCAUAUGAGCGAAGCCGCUGAUCGAUAUGAGAGACUGAUAGCUCCUCAUCUAUCUCACAAUGAGUCUAUGGUCCCACUCUACUCGACGGUUUCUGGCGAAAGUGUUGAUGACCCCUCCCAAUUAGACGCCGUAUAUUGGAGUAAGAAUUUGAGGUGCCCUGUCCUUUUCAAAACUGCCAUACAGGCUAUUGUCGACGAUGACGAAGCGACGUUGUUCUUGGAGAUUGGUCCACACAGCACGCUCUCCGGUCCGAUAAACCAGAUGAUAAGAACUGAUGGAGAAACGAAGAAUGCUUAUGUAUCCACCCUGCAAAGAGGCAAAUCAGGACUGGGAAAUGUUUUGGAGACCGCCGGCAGGCUGUAUGCUCACGGUGCGCCUAUCCAGCUGCCAGUGAUAAUGCCUCGAGGAAAACUGGUAACCGAUAUUCCUCCUUAUUGCUGGCAACAUGAUGAGCGACUUUGGAGCGAGAGCCGAAUUGCAUGCGACUGGAGACUCCGAAAAGAGCCGCACCAUGAACUUCUGGGCAGUCGAGCACCAGAGUCCGGGGAUCUGGAGCCAAUAUGGAGAAACCUUUUGAGCCUUGACAAUGCCCUGUGGCUACUGGAUCAUCGAGUAGUCCACGAAGUCAUCUUUCCUUGUGCAGGGUACAUCGCAAUGGCAGGAGAGGCCAUCAGACAGAUAUCUGGAUCUCUCGGAUACACAAUACAGAACCUCUUUAUCAGAGCCGCAUUGGUUAUCAAAGAAGGCACACCUAUUGAGUUACUAACCAGUCUGCGGCCGGCGAAGCUCGCCGAUAAUGUUGACUCGGCCUGGUAUGAAUUUGUCAUAAGCGCACAUCAGGACGGCCGCUGGCGAAAGCACUGUGUUGGUGAGGUCCGUCCUUUGAUAGGGGACAGCCCCUGCGGAAAACAGAUUCAAUCUCACAGCUACCCUAGACACGUGAAGUCAGAUGUCUGGUACCGCCAGUUGGAGACAGGGGGCCUGACAUAUGGUCCCUCGUUUAAAGGGCUUCAACAUAUUACCGCAAGUACGUCGAGCUACGACGCGGCAGCGGUUAUUGAAGACCAGCAGCAAUCUAGCUACGCCCUGCACCCGAUCUCAAUCGACCAAAGUUUGCAGCUGUUCAGUGUCGCUAUGUCGCAUGGGUUAUCGAAUCUAUUAACACGACUAUGUCUACCGACCGCAAUUGAAACCCUCCAUGUCCGCCCGAGCACCGGUCCAUUAGCGAUACACGCUUGUUGUGACAGCGUGGGUGGCUCGAUCAUGGGUGGUGCCACAAUGACCUCUGGAAAAGAUGUUGUUUUAUCAAUGCACCGCGGUUGGUUCUUGGGUGUUCCUGACAUGCAAUCCGAUGACUCUCAGACCUUGCUGGUAUCGCAGAUGUGGUGGAAGCCUGACAUCGAUUUCCUCCGUGUGGAGGAUUUGUUUCCCCAAAUAGACAGAAGUUCGGAUCGGGCAAAGCUGUGUGCAAGAUUUGUGACCGUGUGCAUUGUGGAGAUGUACCGAAGAACAGAAUCUUGUGUACCUGCCUCGGAACACCUGUCAAAGUACAAGACCUGGAUUGCCGGUCAAUACAAUAAGAUUCGCGAGAGGGGACGAGAUUUGGUCCCGGAAAUGAGGGAAUGCUGUUUGGUAGAACUGGGAUUUCAGACACCAUAUUUUGACCGAUUGACAGAGGAUAUGGAGGGGGAGGGCAUAGCUUGGCUAAAAUUAUGCGAAAGGGUCGCCCUGGCCGCCCAGGGUAUAAUGGAAGGUGCGGUUAGUCCAAUCGACUUCUUCAUGCAGGACGACGCAUGGGCGGAUCUUUAUAGCCAGAUGGUUUUACUCACCGACUGGAGUAUAUUUCUGUCUCACCUAGGUCACUCCAAGCCCAGCCUUCGAGUAUUGGAGAUCGGUGCUGGAACAGGCGGAUCUACAUCCGUUGUUUUAGAUGGGCUGACUUCGCACGGCAACCAGCGUCAGUAUUCCAAGUACACGUUUACGGAUAUUUCUUCGGGCUUUCUACCAAAGGCGAAAGAAAAGUUUAAAGGCUACCAGGGCAUGGAGUACAGAACUUUGGACAUCAGUCGAGAUCCGCAAGAACAAGGAUUCGAGCUGCAUGCGUAUGACCUGGUCAUUGCAUCGAACUCCCUCCAUGCUGCGGCAAAUAUCGCCGAUGCGCUGAAAAGCACCCGCAAGCUCAUUGCGCCAGGUGGUUAUCUCCUACUACAGGAGGGUUGUAAUGUCGUCCCCGGGAUUGACUUUAUCAUGGGUGUUCUUCCAGGUUGGUGGACUGGGGAGGAAGAGGAACGCCGUGAAAAGCCGACGUUGUCCCCCAAUCAGUGGAAUGACCGGCUGUUUGAUGCGGGUUUUAGCGGUACUGACAUUGUGAGACUCGAUCACGACGCGCCGUAUCAGUUUACUGCCUCCAUGCUGUCGCGGCCCCAGUCCUGUGAGUCUGGGCAGCAAAGGGCAUCUAUUGGCUUGCUUUACUACUUCGAUAUCAACCCGUGGGGCCGUAGGCUCGAGAGGCAGCUCUCGUCCAGCGGUUACAGUGUCUACUGGCAUACACUAAACCAGGCGCCCCAACCGAACUCAAAAAUAAUUUCACUCCUCGACCUUGAAGAUGCCUUUUUUGCGAACAUGACCCCUGAAAACUUUCGUGUCUUCCAGUGCUAUCUGUCCGGCUUGGACAAGCAGACUGUCCUGUGGGUUACCCAUUCCCUCCAAAUGGAAUGUGAGGAUCCACGGUUUGCGUUGGCGCUAGGAGUCGCCCGGACGAUUCGUCAGGAGAUGGAACUCAAUUUCUGUACUCUCGAAAUCGACCGCAUGGACACGCAUGCCACGCGCUCUGUCUUACAGGUGUUGGAGAAGUUGCAGAAUCAGAUAGACUGUCCAAGAGAAGACCCAGAUUGUGAAUAUGCUCUGAAAGAUGGGACCAUAUAUGUCGGGCGUUAUGAGUGGACAACCUUCGAUCAGCAACUUGCAGGCGUUCCCGCAGAUAUGGGGACUAGAUCCUUGGAUAUCGGGUCUCCCGGCAUGCUUGACACCCUGACAUGGUCAAUAAAUGGUAUACAAUCUGAGCGUCUGGGUCCCGAAGAGGUCGAGGUUGACAUUAAGUAUGUUGGUCUGAACUUUAGGGAUGUGAUGAUUGCAAUGGGUCUUAUGGGCUCAACUAAAGAGCUAGGCCUUGAGGCGAGUGCUGUGGUCAGACGCAUCGGUUCAGCCGUCGCCGAUUUUAAAGUUGGAGAUCAAGUCGCUGUUCUAUAUCAGGGGCUAAUGGGCACGCGGGUGACUGUCCCAGUGCGCUUCUGUAGUAGGAUUCCACCAGGUAACUCUUUGGAGGACGCUGCGGCCACCCCGUGUAUCUUUUCAACAGCAAUAUACAGCCUCAUCUCCGUCGGAAACCUUCAGGCCCAACAGACAGUCCUCAUACAUUCUGCGUGUGGUGGUGUCGGGCAGGCCGCAAUUCAAAUCUGCCAGAUGAUUGGUGCCGAGAUUUUUGCAACCGUCGGAAGUAAAGAGAAAGUGCAGCAUCUGGUGGAGCACAAUGGCAUUCCGGAGGACCAUAUUUUUGAUUCGAGAAGUCCUUCAUUUUUGUCGGGGGUGAUGGCAAUGACAAAGAAUAGAGGAGUGGACAUUGUGCUGAAUUCCCUGGCAGGAGAGUUGUUGCACGUUUCGUGGAAAUGUGUCGCACCUUUCGGGAAGAUGAUUGAACUCGGCAAGCGUGAUUUCAUGGGCCACGGGAAGCUAGACAUGCACAAUUUUGGGGCGAACCGAGCUUUCUUCGGUGUUGAUCUGGUUUCUCUCGCUCACGAAAGCCCGGAGGCAAUGCAGAUGCUUGGAGCCCAGUUCUAUCACUAUGCUGCCCAGGGAAAGCUUAAGCCAAUUCGUCCCGUCACUGUCUAUGAAGCCACAGACAUCAAGAAAGCUUUUCGCUACAUGCAGAGUGGGCAACACAUGGGCAAGAUUGUGAUCCGUAUACCGGAUCAGCAUACGAGGCUACCUGUAUCUCAACUGCAGGAUGGCUGUCAGGUUUACAGGUCGGACGCCGCCUACCUUCUGGUAGGUGGGCUGGGCGGAAUUGGUCGGGCUGUGGCAACGAAGAUGGUGCAGCAAGGCGCUCGGCAUCUGGUCUUCCUGUCACGGAGCAGCGGUGAGUCCCCGCAGACCAAGGCCUUUUUGCAAGAACUCGAGAGCACCGCUGGAUGUGCUGUCCUUGUCGUCAAGGGAGACGUGUCCAGUCACGACGAUGUUUGCAGGGCGAUCAACUCAUCUCCACGACCAUUCGCGGGGAUCGUCCACAUGGCUAUGACGCUCAAGGAUCAGACAUUAUCGCAGAUGACCUUCAACGAGUGGGCGUCCGUCAUGCCGUCGAAGGUGCAGGGCGCAUGGAACUUGCACCGUGCAUUCAAGAGCACCACGCUCGACUUUUUUGUCAUAAUCGGGUCUAUGGCAGGCAUCAUAGGCUCAGCCGGACAGGCCAACUACGCGGCAGCAAACACAUUUUUGGACUCGUUUGUCAAAUACCGCCAGGCCCAAGGCUUACCAGCGAGCGUGAUCGAUCUCGGACUAGUUGGAGAUAUUGGGUUUGCGGCUGAAAAUAAGUCACCGAUGCUACAACACGCGCAAUUAAGCAACAUCAUUGUGCUCAACCAGCAGAACGUGUUAAAAGCAGUCGAGAUUGCCGUUCUUGCAUCUUCGAUCGACGCACCCAAUCAGCUGGCCGUUGGAUUAGGGACCACAGGCAAGAAAGCUGACAUCGGGGCACGAUCUAUUAUGCCAUGGGAUGCCCGCGUCGCAGGAUGGGACAACAUCGCCAUGCGGCCAGAGACGGCGCUCGAUGGCCAUGAAGAAGGAGUAGAAACGUUCAUAUCAUCGAUAGAGAAGGACCCUACGUGGCUAAAUCGCCCAGAAGCCUACCAGACGCUUCUUGUUCGAGUCGGCCGCGCCGUGGCACCAUAUACUUCCUCAGGUGAGAUGGAUGAUGACGAGCUAGGGACCGUGCAUGUGGACUCGUUGGUGUCGGUGGAGGUUCGCAAUUGGAUCCGCCGUAACCUAGCAAUUGAACUGAGCGUCAGUGAAAUGGCAGGUGCCGAUACACUAGCUCAACUGACCACUAUCACGAUGAACGCUCUCCGAACGAAGUAUGGAGUGGGACAUCCCGAAUCGGAACCCACAGCCAGCGGUGAUGUCGUUGCCAGCGGCUCGGAGAAUCAGUGUUCGGCCGACGAUUGCUCAGCCAAGGUCCCACCAGACAAUUUGGAAGCUACAGGAAAUGAUGUCUAG